AUGGCCGUCUGGUUGGAUUUGGCGCAUGACACCACGGGCUGGUCCCUGGUUGAUACGGGGCGGAUGGAUGAAAUCGUGCAGGGAAUGGCCCAUCCGACCACUCAGUACCCUUCCCUUCUUUCCUUUCUGGGAAACGACAAUCGCAUGGCAGCACUGCGCUCUCUUUUUCCGCAUAAUAAUGUUAGGCGCCGAGGCUCAGCUGGCCUGAUCCGGCUACACCUCUGUACCACUACGUCCCACACUGAAUACCCCGUCCUGUUCGCGGAGGCUAGUCUCCAGGAUUUACCUGAUAUGGGUAAAUGGUCGGUCUUCCCGUCUAUGGAUGGCUUACGGAGAUACCCCUUUCAAAGCAACCACUUUAAAAGCACCACCAAAAUCGUGCAUCAUCUGCUGACGAGACUCAUAUUUCCAUGGACACACGUCGUGUGUCUUUUUGUGGACAGCAUGCGGGAGUUGAAGAUGGCGAGACGCCUUCUGGAGGAAUCGCAAACCAGCUUACAAGCUGGAGAACAUUCAGCAGCGUCCACUCGCAUGCGACUUAUUGUGGUCCUCACGAGUCCAACCGCUGUCCAUGAAACAGACCUCUUGGCAAUGAUCAAAUCCGACCUGAGGGCGGUGGAUGCAGCGGUGCACACAGUAUCAAUUCUGGACCUGCGCAACCGCCAUCAGCUGUCUGGCCCGGCGUUCUUUGGGCCCUUGCAGUGCCAGCUCCGAGACGAACUCCAGCAGAGCCGGACUGAGCGCCUUCAGCAUGGGAUGCUCUUCUCGGCUGUCCAUCUGAAUUUCCUCUGGCACCGGUCACUUCUGCCCGGACUUCUGCACGGAGGCCCGCAUCACGUCAACUGUCUCCGCCGCGCUCGAGAAAAACUGCCGGUCAAUAAAAUGUUCACUACCGGUUUGGCGGAGUUGCUGGAUCAAGCAUCCAAAAAUGAGUGGCCGGUCGGUGACGUCCAUGCUUUUGUGGCGUCAGCUCUUUUGAUGGACGCCUAUCCUCCGGGUAUGCAUCUCCGCCAGUUGCCACCCACAAAACGCCCGGUCGUGGUCACUCUGGAUGGGGGUGGGAUUCGGGGGAUGAUCACAUUGGGCCUUUUGCUGGCCCUCGAGAGGCGGCUGGCAGGAGCGGUAACCACCGUCGCGGAGAUCGCUGAUCUAAUUGCAGGGACCAGUGUUGGUGCCGUGAUUGGAACAGAUCUUGUCUACAACAACACCUCGGCCGCAGAGGCCUACGAGAAAUUUCCCGAUUUUGCGCGAAAGGCGUUUCAGCCAGCCUGUGGCGUGCUCGAGAAAUGGCACUGGCUGCGAUUUGCCAUGGCCCUUCUCAAAGAUGGAUCUUAUGACUCGAGUGCCUUAGACCGAACCAUCCAAAACGUCUGUCAACGAGGGCGCCGACUGUUCGAUGUGAUGGCGCCAUCGACUGCAGGGCGUCGUCUGGCAAUCGUAGUCAGUCGGAUCUCUGAUGGCAAGCCCCGUGUCUUCACUAAUUACCGUGGCGUGGGACGCACAGUCGCCAAUCCCACGUCGCAGGCUACGGUAUCACCGGAUCUGAGCCAGAACCCAUUGCUUUGGGAAGUUGUUCGAUGCAGUGUUGCAGCUCCCUGGUUCUUCCAGUGCAAGUACCUACCCGAGUUCGGCACCUUACAGGAUGGAGGGGUCCGAGCCAAUAACCCUUUUGGCAUUGCGCAAGAGGAAUGUCGAAUCAUCUGGCCCUCCGCGCAGACAUUUGACCUUCUGGUUUCCGUCGGGACGGGACAUGUCCCGUCUGUCGCUGAGGAACACAUUCUGGGUCCGCACCCUCGCGGCAUCUUUCAGGACAGGGCUCCUUUACGCUUGUGGCGUGCGUAUAAUUCGUCCCCCUGUAUGGAUGGUGCAGAAUCCUUCAAGGAAGGACUCCAUCACGUGCCCUAUUCCAUGCGUUCUCGCAUCUUCCGGCUAGAUCACGCCGUCGCUGGAGAUCUACCCCGCCUAGACGAUAUAGCGAGAUUGGCAGAGCUUGCCGAGUUAUCGUACACGGUGCCGGACGAGCUCGUACGAGCAAUACUGGCCUCAUCCUUCUUCUUUGAGUUGGAUGAAGCUCCAAUAAGGCUACACGGCCAGUACCAUUGUCGUGGAUCGGUCCUGUGUGCUCGGAACMAGGCACGGUUGAUGCUGAAGCGCGUUCUAGUGGAGUUUCCGGGCGCCGAAAUCCACACCAACCGCGGCGAUCACCUGGGGAAGGUGGAGGACGAUGACGGGUGCACGUGGCAAGUCUCGAUGAAGAAAUGUCGAUCCUAUUCACCGGCUCCUCUCACCAGCACCCAAUCGGCGGAUUUCCAGGCACCGUACAACAAUUCCUUGACAACCAACAAGCGGAUGCUGUAUUUGGGCGAGCUGACCAUCAAACUAAUCGGUGGCCACCACAACGGAUGUGUUAUUGCUCAAGAGGCGUCAAGCGCGUUCGGUUUCUCGAAGCAUCGCCGCACCGGAAAAGACGACGACAUUAGCGCAGAGGCAGUCGUUUCAUAUAUCAGCCGAUAG